CCCUUCAUAGUUCUCUCCCUCAGUUGGGAAUCGUGGAGUAAGUUGAGGGUUAAAAUGCCUGCUCUGCCUCUCAGACUCCGCCUCCUUCGGGUGACUCAGCAUAACAGGAAGUAGGAAGUGCUCCCAGUUAGAUACGCAUUUCUGUCACAGGACCUUGGUUGUCAGAGUAAAUCAGGAGCUAAAGUGUCGGAAUGGCAGGCAGGCUCUCGCUCCCAGAGGUCGACCUCUCCUGUCCCAUAUGCUGUGAAAUCUUCAGGGACCCGGUGGUCCUUAAGUGCAGCCACAGCUUCUGUGCACCCUGUCUGCAGCAGUACUGGACUCCGGCACGGGGCCGAAGCCGCGACUGCCCUCUGUGCAGAAGCCAGAGCGUGGAUGAUCCCGUGCCAAGUCUCACCCUGAAGAACCUGUGCGAGUCGUACGUCAGCCUGGAGAGCGAGGAGCUGGAGGAGAAGGCAGGAGAGUUGUACUGUGAUCCGGGGGAGAUGUGCCCACUUCAUGGAGAGAGGCUUAAGCUUUUUUGCCUGCCGGACAAGGAGCCCAUCUGUGUGGUUUGCCACACCUCGAGGAAGCACAAACAGCAUGACUGUUGCCCUGUCAGCGAGGCUGUAGUGGAUGUGAAGGAGAAAAUGAAGUCAGUCCUCAGCUCAUUGCAGGAAAAGAGGGAUGCAUUUGACAAAAUGAAGAAAAACUAUGAAGACACUGUGGAACACAUUCAGGUCCAGGCUCAAUUCGUGGAAAGACGGACCCGUGACGAGUUUGAAAAACUUCACAGCUUCCUUCAAGCGGAGGAGGAAGCCAGGAUGGAGGCACUGAGGAGGGAGAAAGAGGAGAAAAGUGAAGAGAUGAAGAAGAAGAUUGAAGAAAUGGAAAGAAACAUAAUGUCCGUGUCUGCAUCCAUCAAGGACCUGGAGGAGGAGAUAGCUUCAGACGGCAUCUCUGUCCUUCAGAAAUGCAAGAGGACCCUGGCAAGAGCUAACUGUCCAGUUGAAGAUCCAGUUAUGGCUCCAGGAGCACUCAUAGAUGUGGCCCAAUAUGUGGGCUGCCUGGCGUUCCAUGUGUGGGAGAAGAUGCAUGAAAUCAUCAAAUACACCCCAGUGAUUCUAGACCCAAACUCUGCCGCCCCGUGGCUCAUCUUGUCAGACGACCUCAGCAGCGUCAGUGACAGUGAUGAGAAGCAGAAGCUGCCCGACAACCCGGAGAGGUUCAACCCCGACACAAGCGUGCUGGGCCACGAGGGCUUCACCUCAGGCAAGCACGCCUGGGACGUCAACGUGGGAGAUAACACGGCAUGGGUCGUCGGCGUGGCUAAAGAAUCUGUCAAGAAGAAAGAGAAAGUGUCUUCGGUGCUGGUGAACGGCUACCUGUGUGUGUACUUUUACCACAAAAUGUACUUCGCAGGCACGUCUCCGCUUACACGACUUGGCUUGAAGAAGAACCCACAGAGGAUCAGAGUGCUGCUGGACUGUGACAAGGGCAGGGUGUCUUUCUACAACCCGCAUGACAACACACACAUCUACACGUUCAAGCACAGCAUCACCGAGAAAGUCUUUCCCUACUUCUGGGUGGGCUGUCAGCAGUGUCCUCUGACAGUUGAACCACAGGAGCUCUCAGUGAAGGCUGAUGUGUAUUGUUGAAAGAACAUUUCAGCUUCACAACUCCGUGCGCAAAAAAAGAAGAGGAGCAUUUCUGAAUUUCACAUAGUGUGAGGAGAACGCUCAGAAUCUGAAAUCAAAUGGCAUCAUAUCUGCUUAUCUUUCCUGGUUCAAUGAAAUAUUUUUUUCAGAAUAAAAUACAACGAAUGCCUUAUCUGUACAUUUAAAAUGAAGUGAAAUGAACUUUAACUCUGCACUACAUAAGUCCCCACUAUUUCUUUAGAGAUGUUAAACAGAAAAAACGGCAGCAUAGAGUUUAACUUGUUUUUGUACUUUGGUGCAUUGUAACCUUGAAAAAAAGUACUUUUAUUUUUAAAAACUUUAAUAUUUAUGUAUUCAACUUUGCAUAAUGAUUUCGCCUUUGCAUGUCAAAGACUGAAUGCCUUUUUUUUUCUUUUUUUGAGCCCAGUCCUGUUUCUAUCUACUAAUUUGUUUCACACAUUAAAUAGCUUUAUGUGAAUACACUAAUGAUUGUCAUUGAAAUUACAAAUAAAGAAUUUUCAAAUAU